UGGCAUUUACUCCUCGUUCCACCUUCCCCGCUUCAAUUCGCCUCCACCCCCCACUACCUCGCCACUCCCCCCUCUCCCACUCCAUUUCUCCAAACCAAAGCUCUCUCCCACCUCCGCUUCCGCCAUGGCCACCGCUCGCGCCGCGUGGUAGCCACAGCCCACAGCCACAGCUGCCAGAUCCCGCGGGGACGCAGGAGGAGGUGGGUGGGUCGAGCUCGCUUGCGGGGGAGGGAGCCGAGGCGAAGGCGAGGCGAGGCGACGCCAUGGGGGGAUGCCACGCGAAGCCGCUGACGCACGAGGAGGCCGACGGCGCCUGCUCGCCCCCGCGCGAGCGGCCGCAGCCGCCGGCCACGCCGCCGCGGGGGUCCGGCGCGGCCACCCCCGCGUGGAAGACGAAGCCGUGGGCGUCGCCCUUCUUCGGGUUCUCCACGCCCAGCCCGAGCCCUGCGCACCACCUCUUCUCGGCCUCCUCCCCGCGGAGGUCCCCCGCCCCGUCCGCGCCCACCACGCCCGCGAGGCGGUUGCUGCGGCUGCCGUUCCCGCCGCCGUCGCCCGCCAAGCACAUCCGGCAGGCGCUCGCGCGGCGCCACGGGCCCCCGCGGCCGCCGAUCCCCGAGGAGGGCGGCGACGUGGAAGGGGAGGGCGGCCGCGGGCUCGACAAGGGGUUCGGGUUCAACAAGGGGUUCGCGGCGAAGUACGACAUGGGGGACGAGGUGGGGAGAGGCCACUUCGGCUACACCUGCGCCGCGAAGAUCAAGAAGGGGGCGCGCAAGGGGGACGCGGUCGCCGUCAAGGUCAUCCCCAAGGCCAAGAUGACAACAUCCAUUGCUAUAGAGGAUGUCCGAAGGGAGGUGAAAAUAUUGAAAGCUUUGGCGGGACACAAGAACUUGGUUCAAUUUUAUGAUGCCUAUGAGGACAAUGACAAUGUGUACAUAGUAAUGGAGUUGUGUGAAGGAGGAGAGCUUCUGGAUAGAAUACUUUCCAGAGGUGGGAAGUACUCUGAGGAUGAUGCAAAAGCGGUUCUGGUGCAAAUAUUAAAUGUCGUUUCAUUUUGCCACAUUCAAGGAGUGGUUCAUCGGGAUCUCAAGCCAGAGAAUUUUCUAUUUACUUCAAAAGAUGAGAACUCUCAACUUAAGGCUAUUGAUUUUGGCUUAUCAGAUUUUGUAAAACCAGAUGAGAGGCUAAAUGAUAUUGUUGGAAGUGCUUAUUAUGUUGCUCCUGAAGUUCUGCACAGAUGCUAUAGCACAGAAGCUGAUGUCUGGAGUAUAGGUGUAAUUGCAUAUAUUCUCCUUUGUGGCAGUCGUCCAUUUUGGGCACGCACUGAAUCUGGCAUAUUCCGUUCCGUUCUCAAAGCUGACCCCAGUUAUAAUGAGGCACCUUGGCCUUCUCUUACUCUGGAAGCAAUGGAUUUUGUUAAGCGCUUGCUUUGCAAGGAUCCACGUAGAAGAAUGACUGCAGCACAGGCUUUAAGUCAUCCAUGGAUCAGAAAUUACAAUGACAUUAAGCUGCCACUGGACAUCCUUAUAUUCCGACUUAUCAAAGCUUAUAUUCGUUCCUCAUCAUUGCGAAAAGCUGCUCUAAGGGCUCUAUCGAAGACUUUGACUGUUGAUGAGCUUUUCUAUCUGAAAGGACAGUUUUCUCUGUUGGAACCAGACAGAAAUGGAUGCAUCACUCUAGAUAAUAUCAGAAUGGCCUUAACAAGAGAAGCCACUUAUGCUAUGAAGGAAUCACGAGUUCAGGAGAUUCUUGUCUCGUUAAGCGCUCUUCAGUACAGAAGAAUGGACUUUCAAGAGUUCUGUGCAGCAGCAGUUAGUGUGCACCAGCUUGAAGCAUUAGAUAGAUGGGAGCAACAUGCCCGUUCCGCUUAUGAUUUCUUUGAGAAGGAUGGCAAUCGAGCUAUCGUAAUUGAUGAACUAGCUUCUGAACUGGGUCUCAGCCCUUCAGUGCCAUUGCAUGUUGUUCUGCAAGAUUGGAUCAGGCACACCGACGGGAAAUUGAGUUUCCUUGGAUUUGUCAAGUUAUUGCAUGGCAUGUCCAGCAGGUCCUUGUCAAAGAUGAGAUAGCUGUUGAUACUCUCUAACGACAGCACAAAUUUAUGCUGCCCUAGCGCGAGCUGAAUCGGUCCAGACAAGUUUACAAGGAAACAUCGAUCAUCGAUCGGAGUCCACCGACCGAAGAUAACAGCUUGUGCUAGCAGUCCUUGUUUUCUCACUAAUUUGAGUAUAGAGUUCAGUUUGUUGUCGCCUGCCUACUGAUCACCACCAUUUUAGUUGAUAGGAAAAAUGAAAAACCUCACCCCAUGUCUGCAACAUGUGAUGUCUCUAACAGUCUUUAGGAUAGCCAUCCUGUUCAGUUGUUGGGACUGUCCCAGUUGUGUUGUAAAAUUCCCUGGUUCCUCUGGAACUGGGGCGAAGUCGCCUGCUGUUAAGGAAGUAAGGAUCCUGAUGUCCAAGAGGGUGGUUUAAUGCUGCCAUUGUCAAGUGUGCCGUUAUACUGAUUCAGAAUGAAAAAAAUGUGGUAUUUUUUUGGUGUUCA